AUGUCAGAUAGCUUGGAAGACUUAAAGGAUCUGAUGCCCACUGAGAGGAAGUCCAUGUGGAGGACACCUGAGGAAAGGCGGAUGUCUGACCUCACCCGGGUGCUGGAGUGGCUGGAGAGGAGGCAGGGCAAGAAGAAGCGUGCCCUCCAGAAAAAGAUGGAGGAGAAAAAUGUUGCAGAAGAGAAGGUAGGAAAGAAAACCUCAGGUGCUAAGAAGAAGCCUGACAAAGAGGGCCACAGAGUGACCUUCAGCAAGGGUCUCACCUUCCUCCAUCCACGUCCCUCCACACUCAAGGAUGCCAGAGCCUACAGAGCCAUGAGAGCCCUCAGCCCAGGGGUACUACAGGGUACCCCAGACCUGCCUGCAGGCAUGGGCUGCAUUUUGGGUUUGGAGGAUACUGAGCAUAAUUUCUCUGCUGACUCCAAGAAUCAAGAUCCAGGUGUCAGCAAGAAGUCCGCUACUGGCUCCUCCAAGGGGCAGGGAACGGGCAAGCGUGCAAACACGGUGUCUAACAACUUCAACAAGGACAGCUAUAAGAAGUCAGGUUUCCGGCAGCCCCUCCCGCUGCUGGUCUUCUGCUUGCCAGUGGAGGUCCAGAUUCAGGGCUAUGAGUUGGCCUACCCUAACAUCAACGCCAACUAUGAACUGCUGGAGCAUGAGAAGGAGCCAGUGCUGCAGCUCCAAAGCCACAGGGUCUCCAUGGCACAGGGCAGCAACAGGAUAUCCGAGAGGAGUCCCAGCACACCUGGAUCCAGAAAAGGAUCAGAGAGCACAGACUUAGACAUCAAGGACGUCAUAGCCCUAGAAACCAACACUCGAGUAAGCCCAUAUCGCAGACAAAGCUCCAUAGAUCCAGUGCUUCAGGAAACUAUGUUUGGCGCACGGAGGGUGGGCCUGCUGAGAGACUGGGCAGGCAAGGCUCCUGACGAACGAAAGCUGAAGAGCCUCAUGGAGAAGGGCACAGAGCCCAAGAUGGAGAUAGCCAAGAUGCUGAAGCCAGAGGAGGUGCUGAGCUGCCGGUACCUGCGUUUGUCCAAGAACAACAUCAAGACCUUGAUCAAGCUAUGCAAAGAUGCAGGCAUGGAUGUGGACAUCCACCCACACAUGGUGGAAGCCGAGAUAGACUCCAAGAAGAUAUUCGACCACCAACUCAGCACGGCACUCUAG